AUGAUUAUCAUGUGUUUAAAUUAUGAUGAUAUUGUAACAUUAAUUGAUAAUCUUAUCGAAGAGCCGUUUAAACCAUUAGAUCCAGAUGAGAUGAAAAUUCGACAACAAUAUGACAAGAUGAUACGAUUUGCGGAAACAGUGAAUGUAAAAUUUACGAAAAUAAUCGGAUUUCAGUUUUUAUCAAGUAUGAUGAUAAUGUGUUCAAAUUUGUAUCAAGUUGCUAAGGCAACUUUAAAUUCAGAUCAUAUUUCAUUAAUUAUGUUUACAUGUUGCAUGUUAACGGAAAUAUUCAUUUAUUGCUGGUUUGGAAACCAAGUUAAAUUAAAGAGUCUUGAAUUAACAGAUAGUAUUUUUCAAAUGAAUUGGCCAAUCUUGGAUAACAGUGUCAAAAAGAGCUUAUUAUUGAUUAUGAAACGUGCAAUGAUACCCAUUGAAAUUUCUACAGUAUAUAUUUUGACAAUGAACUUGGAUUCUUUUGUAAUGUUUAUUAAAACGUCAUACUCUAUUUAUAAUUUAUUAACGCAAGUGUAA